AUGGCGACAGUCGGAGGCGGAGGGAAAGACGGCCCGUGGACGCCUGCGGUCACACAGCAAUCGCCGCCAACCGAGACACGUUCGCGCAAGAAAAAGGACAAGAAGUCUGGGCGUCGUCGCCGAAGUCGCCGCCGAAGGCAAGAAGGAAGCCAGGACAGCAGCUCCAAGAUCUCAUCGGGUAAAUUGGAUGCGAGCUCAUCGGGUAAAUUGGAUGCGAGCGACUUCAGCAAGCGAUCGGGCGCCUCCUUUCGCGGCGCGCCCAAGAAGAAAGGCCAUGUAGCCGGCUCCGACGUCAGCAGAUUGUCGAAAAGAAGCGUCGAAUGCGAGAACGAGGGCCGAGUGGAAGAAGUGCUGGAGAGGGCGCGUCGCACCCACAAGUCCCCGCGCGUGGGCUUUGUGCAGCUGCUGUGCUUCGCGCUGCUCUUCGGGACGCUGUUCCUGCUCGCGCUGUUCGUGAAGAAGCGAAUCGGCCUCGAGCCGUUCAAAAGGUGCACCAGUGAAGGAUGCCUCCACCAUGCCCAGAUGCUGCUCGCCGCGCUCAACAUGUCCGUCGACCCAUGCGAUGACUUCCACGCGUUCGUCUGCGGUUCCUGGGAGCGCCGACUGACCGAGGGCCCUGCAAAUGCGGCGCCUGACUUCCGUAUUCAGCUCAUAUACGACGCAGUCGACAGCGGAUUGGACAAACCGCAAAUGAACCGGCUUGUGCUUUCUCUCCUGAGGAUGUUGAACUUCCAUUCCAAGGACACAGAGGUUAUGGACGAGUGCUACGCCAAAGGAAACAAAGACAUCCACACGAUGAGAGUCUGCUUUACCGACACAACGGGAAUCUCGGUGAAUGGCGUCUGCAACAAGGAAGGCAUCGACAAGUACGUCAACAGCCGCUGUGGGUCAUGUUCCCGAAUUUUUCCGCGAGCUUAUCACGGACCUUGUCGGCUGCAGUUGCUUCAAGAAGAUGGAAGAGUGGGUCGAGUGUUCAAGCUCAGCCGUUUUCAAGACGCUUCACAAGGCGUGCAAGAUGCUACCAGAGACACAAUAAAAAUGUUCAACUCCCUCUUUCUGCCAUCACUGUACAUUUCGCCCAUGGAAAAACAUCCCAAGAGUAAAGUCUCUUGA